GGCCGCGCGCGCACCCCGCAGAGCUCGACUGACUGACCCGGGCCGGCCCCGCUCACGUUCAUUUGCCCGCCCGCGGCUCGGCUCGGCUCUCGGGCCGCCCUGCGCUGGGUGCGGCUCCGGAGGGCAGAGCUGCGGGAGCACAGGGCCGCAGCACACGCCCCGCGCCAGCCUUCUCCGUCCGUGACGCGCGGCCCCGGGCAGGGUUGCGGCCCGGCCCCGGCCAUGCGGCUGGUAGCCCCUUAAACGCUUGUUUUAUCUGCAUUGGCUCGCCGGGGUCUUUCACGAAGACAGACGGCGCCGUCGAGUCCCCGGCUACCUACAGCUCCAAGGCUCGUUACGUGUUUUGAUAACAUUCGCCAGCUCCGUGCUGUUGUGUGUGCACCUGAACAUUGAGGCAUGUCUGGUCGGAGGCGAUUUUACAAGUCCAUUGUGGGGUGUCUGGGUUUACAGCUGUAACAUGGCUGUCACAAUAAAAGAAUGUCUUCAGCUUCAGCUGUUGGAAAUGGAAAUGCUCUUUUCAAUGUUUCCUAAUAAAGGAGAAAUAAGCCUUCAGGACAAAAAUGCUCUUUCUUAUGUGCAGAUGUACUUGAAAAAUAUAAAAGAAGGACUACCACCUCGGAUUGAAUAUUCAAUUUCUGUUGAUAUUGAUGAGCCAAAGAGAAGGGCAUAUCGAAAGGAGGGUGAGUCUACUUUAAACCCUUUUGGGAGGAGGGGAGGAGGAGACUUAUGGGCUGAGUAUGGAAACAUACCAACAGUCUCCCCACCCCCAAGGAUGACUGCUGUAAAAGUAGACUUGCAUGUAUCCUUGCCUCACAGCUACCCUCAUUCAGCACCGCAACUAUUUGCAAGAUCAAAUGCACUAGACAGACAGAAUCAACUGCAGCUUAAUAAACAUCUCACUUCUCACAUCAGUUCUUUGGAUUUAGGUGAACUGUGUGUAUGUGCAGCUGUGCAGUGGGUACGAGACAACAGUGCAUCUUAUUUCCAAAACAGUAACGUCUCUUUUGAAACUGCUCCAAAAGAAAAGGCAGUAAAAAUAAUUUUUCAUCGAAUGUGGAUCUAUAGCCAUCAUAUAUAUAGACAGGAACUGAAAAAGAAAAUCUUUGAUUGCGCAAAGCAAUUAAAUUUGACUGGUUUCUGCCUAACAGGGAAACCUGGUAUCAUUUGUGUGGAAGGGCUCAAAGAAAACUGUGAGGAGUUCUGGCAUGUUAUUAGAUAUCCUAACUGGAAACACAUUUCCUGCAAACAUGUUGAGAGUACGGAAACUGAAGGAAAUGGGGAUAAGCUUCAUCUCUUUCGUACUUUUGAAGAUUUACAGUUCCAGGCACAUGGUGAUUAUGGACUGAGGAAUGACUAUCACAUGGAUCUUGGCCAAUUCUUAGAAUUCCUUAAACAGCAUCAAAGUGAACAUAUUUUUCAAAUAUUAUUUGGUGUUGAAGGCAAACAUUCAGACAAUCAAGUGCAUAACUAGUUUUAAUUUUGCACAACGUUACAAAUUAUUUUUUUAAAGUUCAUCCAUGGAUAUACUAUGCUUAUAGCUAUUAUAAUAAGGGAAACUAUGUAAAGUAAGAAAAUCAUGGUGCAAGGAUAGACCCUUUGCUUUUGUUUUAAAUACAUCAUAAGUAAGACCAUUCGUCUUCAGUUUAAACCAAUUUUUACCAAAAAAAUCCUGGGUUUUCAAAAGUACUUGGUUUUUUUUCUGAUUUUUGACCUCCUUUUGUAUCAUUCAACUAUAUAAAAAUUUGUUUUAUUAGGAAAAUACACUACAUUGCAUGAGAUAUAUGUAUUACAGUAAUACAUUAGUCUGUGUGUAUAUGCAAAGGUGCCUGUUAAAGUAAGGCGAUGUAUUAGUGUAGAAGAUAUACACACAAUAAACAGGCAUGCAUGCAAGCUCUGAAGUGUAAAAGUACUGAUGAAUCUCAUGCCCACAAUGUACACAUUUCAAGCUAUUAGAUAACAGUUGAAAAAUUUGACACUAAAAUUGGAAGAAAACUAUGAUUUGUAUCAGAAUAUGUUUCAGAACAUAAGGAAGUAUUCAAAAGAAUCAAAAGAGGAGAAAAGGAUGAAGUAUGUGCUGCAAAGGGUGUGACCCAAUUAUUAAAUGUAAAUAUUUAUAGGCUAUUAGUUCUAAGUCUACAACAGUAAACUGUUUAUUCAAAUGAAAUAUUUUUUUUGGCACUUAGAGAUAUAUUGUUAAACUCAGAAGUGGCAUUUUGUUUUGAGUGCUGUUUUAGUUCUGCAGCAAACCACAUUGAAUUCUGUUCAUCAAAGCAUUAAUUUACUGAAUACUUUUCCCCCUGUCCUUCCAGCCACUGAAAUAAACCCUACUAUUCCCCCCCCGUAGUAGUUUUUUGCAAUGAUUUUCAUCUGCCUUUGGUAGUUGUAGUAAUAAACACAAAUUCCUGGGAAAAAAAGAAAUGAAAUAAAACGCAAAAAUGAAGGGCCUUAAUCAUAAGCUUUUGAGGUUUACAUAUUUACUUGUGUAAAUGAGUGCUAAAUCUGUAUAAUCAGCAUUUAUCACCUCUUGGUGCAUGAGGCAGCCUGCAGAGCAGUGGUUGUGAAUUGCACAAUCCCAUACUAUAGUACUCAGAAUUAUGUAGUCUGUCUGGCACCUCACCCACAUGUCACUUGGUAGUUUCUUCAGGUCUAGGCCUGUAGUAACUUUUUUAUAUGGGAUUGGGUGGGGAAGAGGAGGGAUGAAGGGACUGCACACUCCUAUUAUUUUGCAUUAACAACAACAAUAGACUACUCUGUUCCAUGCUUUAGUCUGUGCAGCACCCUGACCUGCUAUGUAAAGCCUCUGUUCAAACGCCAUUCAAAUCAUUUUUUAACAUGCAUAAGAAAUGAGCCAACUAACAUUUUAUUUCUUACUAAAACAAAAUUUUGAAAAAAAUACCACCCAUUUAUUCCUUUAUGGCCUAGCCUUUGCUCAAAAACCAUGUAAUUUUAUUGGUGUUAUCAAUUUGCCCUUUCCCUUCCAUCCCCCCCCAGUUAUUUUAGCUGUUCCAGCCAAAGAUUGUGAGAUUUGUAUCUGAACUGUGUGAUGCCUUGUAUUUUUUUGGGUACUGUAAAAAAUAAUAAAUGCAUGGGGUUUGGCUUUCCCUUUUUUCUUUAUUUAAUACAUACUUGGCUACUGUAUACUUUAGCAGUUCGUCUCUGCAUUCUAUAGCCAUACCCUUCUCCUUCAUUCUUUCUGUCUCACAGACCAGUAGGAGAGUUGUCAGAGGACACAGUGUUGCAGGAUGUGUUAGUGAUUCACUAGAUGGUACUCUUUCACCUGAAGCAGAAUGUGUUUAAUGUAAUACAUUUAAAUAAGAUAAAUCUUAGAAAUUUGAUUUCUUUGUGCAUUCCCAUGGAUGGAGUAUCACAGUAAAUGUCAUGCCAUUGGCCUACUGUGUAUUGAACCAGAAGAAUGCUGCUGAACAAUACAAGUGGCUGUGUGACUGAGGCACUGUCUUUGCUGCUUCAUUUUUUCCAAGUAACAGCAUAGCAAACAGUUGUGGCAUUGAGCUGUAAAAAUUAAAUUAGUCAAAUUGAAUUAGACCACUUGGUGAUGGUAUCAGUUCUAGAUGAAUUGCGUAUAUGUUUAACACUGUCUUUUAGGAACAUGUAGCACACCAGAGAAUUAUUAACCAAUAUCUACUUUAACUGGGUCUGACGUAGCUGAAGUAAAAUACACAUGACCAUGUUUGAAAUGAGUAUUUUACUAUUUUUCAAAAUAGCAACUAACUUGAAAUAAUGUAUAGCAAUAUUUCAGGUCUUUCAGUAAUGGUGAUUGAGACAUUUAAAUAGAAAUGUUAC